CUAGAUUAACGUGAGGGACGCGGCAGGCACUCAACUAUUGAACUUCCACGCUGAAAACAACCGGAUGAUGAGUAAAACAGUCUGUUUACAAAGUUUAACGUGUUUGCAAAGGAAGAUUUGAAACUCAGUAUGGAUGCAGUCAAUGGGGAAUUAUUGCAGUGGACCGCAGACAGAUGAUGUGGACAGGAUGGACACAAAGAAGACCUCAGCCACUCACGAUAUAAGAAACGGACAUUUAUAAUAUAAACUGUUUUUUUAUACAAUUGGACAAAAACAAAAGUUUUGACGUUGAACGGUUUUGAUUUUGCAAGGAAUAAUGUGGAAACCUUGCCCAUUUACACGUCACCCGGCCCUUCUAGUUUACAUAGUCUUGGAAAUAUUUAUUCUCAGCGUCAAAGGUCUUAAUGUUUGCACGAGCGGCAGCGCCACAUCUUGUGAAGAAUGUCUCCUCAUUCACCCGAGCUGCGCCUGGUGCGCGCAAGAGGACUUUGGACAAGCUAGAACUCUCAACUCACGAUGUGACUUCAGCCAGAACUUACAGAAAAGAGGAUGUGAUGCCCCUUUCAUAGAAAAUCCCAGGAGUGGCAGCUCUCUGUUGCGGAGCAAACCUCUGAGCUCCAAAGGUUCUGGGGUGACCCAGUAUGAUGUCAUCCAGAUAUAUCCACAAAAGAUCUCUCUUAGCUUAAGGCCUGGUGACCAGACCUCAUUUAAGGUACAAGUGCGUCCUGUAGAAGACUACCCCGUCGAUUUGUACUACUUGAUGGACCUCUCGCUCUCCAUGAAGGACGAUCUGGACACAAUCCGCAACCUUGGCACCAAAUUGGCUGAGGAAAUGAGGAAGCUUACAAGUAACUUCCGCCUUGGCUUUGGCUCUUUUGUGGAUAAGAACAUCUCACCCUUCUCCUACACAGCCCCCAAGUACCAGGACAACCCAUGCAAUGGAUAUAAGUUGUUCCCAAACUGCGUCCCUACGUUUGGCUUCCGUCACCUUUUAUCUCUUACGGACAAGGUUGACCGUUUCAAUGAAGAAGUGCAGAAGCAGCUGGUUUCGCGGAACAGGGAUGCACCGGAGGGGGGGUUUGAUGCCAUUCUGCAGGCUGCCGUUUGCAAGGAGAAGAUUGGCUGGAGGAAGGAGGCCUAUCAUCUCUUGGUGUUUGCCACCGAUGACGUCCCUCACUUGGCUUUGGACGGCAAGCUCGGUGGACUAGUGCAUCCUCACGAUGGACAGUGUCACCUGAACGACAAGAACGAGUAUAGUGCUGCAAACCAGAUGGACUACCCUUCACUCGCUCUACUUGGAGAGAAACUGGCAGAAAACAAUAUUUUCCUCAUCUUUGCUGUGACCAAAAGGCACUAUGUUCUUUACAAGAAUCUCACAGCUUUGAUUCCUGGGACUACAGUGGAAAUUUUGGACCAAGACUCCAAAAACAUUAUUCAGCUAAUUGUGAACGCAUACAAUAACAUCAGGUCAAAGGUUGAGCUGAGCGUAUGGGACCAUCCUGAAGAUCUCAGUCUGGCCUUCACGGCCACCUGCCAAGACGGCCAGCCCCUGACCGGCCUCCGCAAGUGUGCUGACCUCAAAAUCGGUGACACUGUCUCCUUCAACAUAACUGUAGAGGCACGAGGAUGUCCUCCGAAAGGCACCAGGAAGAGUUUCACCAUCAGGCCUGUGGGUUUUAAAGACCGUCUGGAGGUCUCUGUGGACUACCGCUGUGAUUGCAGCUGCACAUAUUACACCAAAUCUAACAGCAGCCGCUGCAACUCCGCCGGCACCUACAGCUGCGGGACGUGCCGAUGUGAGCCCGGCUACCUGGGGGCCCGCUGCGAGUGCGAGGAGGGUGAGGUCGACCACCAGCACCUCAGUGCCUGCCGUGAGGCCGAGGGCAAGCAGGUGUGCAGCGGCCGCGGAGAAUGCAGCUGUAACCAGUGUCUGUGUUACGAGUCGGAGUUCGGCAAAAUCUAUGGCACCUUCUGCGAGUGUGACGACUUCUCCUGUGCACGACAUAAGGGAAUACUGUGCUCAGGCCAUGGAGAAUGCCACUGCGGUGAGUGUAAAUGCCACGCUGGUUAUAUUGGAGACAACUGUAAUUGCUCUACAGAGACGGCUUCCUGUGUGUCGGACGACGGCAAGAUCUGCAGCGGGCGGGGCAGCUGUGUGUGUGGGCGGUGCCAGUGCACUGAGCCAGGGGCAUUUGGGGACACGUGCGAAAAAUGUCCCACCUGUCCAGAUGCUUGUGGAACAAAGAGGGAAUGCAUUGAGUGCCGUCUCUUUAACACGGGGAGACUGGCCGAUAACCAGACCUGCCAGCGCAUGUGCAAGGAUGAGAUCAUCACGGUGGAAACACUCAAAAAGGAUGAUUCCAACGCUGUUCAAUGCGUGUAUAAGACAGAGAAGGACUGUGUGAUGAAGUUCACCUACUCUGAACAUGCCAGUGGCCAGUCGGUCCUCACUGCCCUUAAAGAGCCAGAAUGUGCUGUUGCCCCAAAUGCCAUGACUGUGCUCUUGGCAGUUGUUGGCAGCAUCUUGUUGAUGGGCAUCGUGCUGCUAGCUCUCUGGAAACUGGUCAUCACCGUCCACGACCGCCGCGAGUUUGCACGCUUCCAGAGUGCACGUUCACGAGCGAGAUAUGAGAUGGCAUCUAACCCUGUUUAUAAGCAGUCCAUCCCCUCCCACCCAAUGGAGACGGAUUUCCAUAUGCAUAUUAUCAAGUCAUGCAACGGAGGAGUCCACUGAUCGACCUGCAUUUGGACUGGGGGACAUGGCAGGACCUGUCCAGCACACCUCUGCACUACAGUGGAGGACAGAGACAGAGCAAAUGUUACCGUCUUUUGCAAUGCAAACAUUUUUUGAGGCGUGUGGUUCCUGAGGAUUGGAAGUGAUCUUAAUGCGGUUUCAGUUGGAUGAGCAGCAGUUGGACACAUGGCUUGUCUAGUUGGAGAGGCAGGGCUUCUCUGCCUGUUCCAGAAUUCUCCAUGAGUGAUAGACAUUGACCUGCAAUGGACCGCUUGCUUGAAUAUAAUUCCUAACCAUACCUCCUGCACAUUAUGAUGGAUUUGCUGUGCAUUGUUUUAUAGGCAAAGAGACAUGAAGUGUAUAUUUUUAACAGUGUUCCUUUCCCAGCCGUUAUACAUUUUACAUCAUUUUAUUAACCACAUGUACAGUACAAUAGUCAGAUGCCAUAAAGUGUGCAUAGAACACAAAGAAAUGCUAAAUUAUACAACUCUUUAACAAAGUGGUUGGUACUAACCUUACCAGGGCAAUACAUUUCUUAACUUGUUUUGCACGUUGUAUGUUAGGCUGAGAUUUAUAAAGUAAAGAAAGAAAUGCCACUCUACAAUCCUAGUCUUUUGUUUUUUUGCCAGAGGUUACACAUUUUUAUAAUAGUUUGCAACUGUACAGUGUGAUGCAAUAACACUGCCUGCUGAUAAUUCAAGAGUGUCUCAUUUGUUUUUGGAACAAUUACAUUUAGAAGUUCCACACCCAUCCCAUCAGGACCUGGACUAAAUCAAAAUUAGACACUAGACACCAGCUGCCAGCAAGAACUGAGACUGACCCCAUAUCAAUACUUAGUCAUGUGGAAGUCAGGUUUGUGUCUACUUGCUUUUACUACGAUGUGUUUUGGUGCAUUGUUUUCAUAUAAGGCGUAUGUUUUCAUAUAAGGUGUAUGUUUUCGUACUGCUCUUACUGCAAAAAUCCAAACUGAAUACACUGCUAGUCAAUCUUUCAAAACCAGGUCUUUCACUGGUUAUGAUUUCAGGCCAUAUAAUCAUUGUUUCAAAACACAAGAUCUUUGGAAUAAAUGAGAACAUUUGGUUUAAUCGCUGAAACACAACAGUAUGACCUUUCAAUUUAGUACUUUUAACAAUCAGUUCAUCCAAACACCAAACAAUGCAAGAUACAUGUUUAAUUUCAGCCAUGCUGCCGAGGUUACAGUAACACAGGCUAGACUUUCACAGUUAGACAAUACACUUACAUUACCUAACUUGUGUAAUUAAUGUGAAAUCUGUUAAGUUUGUAAUACUAUAUGUCCAGUUUGUCAACAAAAGGUGUGAUGGAGACAUGACAUGGCCAUGAGGUUUUGUGUAGUACAGUUUUUGCUGUCGAUACAGUAAAUGUUGUCAUUUUACCAUGUGA